UUAUAUGUUUUGAGUGCUGUUCGUCGCAAUUUCGAGCGGAUUUCUUGAAAAUUAUGCGAUCCUCGCUACGCUGGAGAUAAACUGUAAUCAAUUCUGAAACGUUAUCUCAAGUGUCAAGCGCAAGGCAGGGAAGAACAGAAAGGAGCAACGAUUCUUUCUUGUCGAAAAAUGGAGGAUGAACGCUUAAUUGGCAAGGACACAAAGACAGAUGAGAAUACUGAGGCCAAACCUAAGGAAACUCUAGGCUUAAACACUACAGUAGCCCUGGAUACUCUGCAUCGUGAUGUUAGACGUGUCCUUCAAGAAUAUGAAGAGGAACACAGAAAAAAUAAAAAGUAUAGAGCUUGGCUGAAGGAUACCCUGCAUCAUCGUAGCCAAUAUACAACGCUCUGCUGGACCUCUGCGAUCGCGCUGUUGAUCAAUGCCAUUAUUCUCAUCGUUGCGUUCUUUACGCUUAAUGAAACAUGGUAUUCAACACUGCCGUAUGAAGGACUGAUAGUUUGUUGUUUAGUAGUAUUGAAUUUUAUCUUAGUGGUAUCGGAUAAUAAAUUACGACAUGAAGAAAUUCCUCAUAGAGUGAAAAUUCUUCUUGAUCAACUCAAUGUUGCACGUUCCACAUGUCAAUGGAAAUCCGAGAACUACCCACAUUUGUGCAGUCCGCAAUCCCCUUGCUUAACCUUACAGUGGACGUAUCGUGAUGGUGAAGUAGUCAACUUGCCGUGGGCCUUAUUAGUGGCCGGUGACAUAAUUGUGAUGAAGCCAGGCCAGCAAGCACCUGGAUAUUGCGUACCAUACGAGGAUUCAGAAGCGCCUGUUUUGCACGCAAGAGAGACUUACAGUGUGCCAGUACACAGCGCGAACGAAAUCUUCUCCAUGCCGCAGUCCCGCGUACCUCUGAAGAGUAAGAUCUACAAACUUCAGGAAACGCCGUACUUGGUGAAUCUGCGAAUGGCACUCGAUCAAGCUCUCGAUCGACCAGUAACUUAUUACAAUCGCAAGCGUCACUUGCUGAUGAUAUGCUGCAUUGAGCACUUGACCUAUCCGAUACUCGUGAUUGUUAUCCUUGUGAUCAAUCUGCUCCGUUAUCUAUAUCUGACAGACUACUUUGGCACUGGUCAUUGGAGUGAGAUGUUUCUGUUGCAACCGAUCGCUGUGAGUCUUCCAUUGUUACCGUUGGUGUUUCCUACCUGUUGGAUAUUCCUCAAUUGCUUCGGUAUGGCCCGCUUCAAAGCGCUGUUCAAGCUUUAUCUGUCCGCAAAAAAGCUCCAGUUUGUAGAUCCUUUUGAAGACGCCGAAAUCAAUGGUCCCAAUCAUCCGGACGUAGUGUACAACUGGCUGGAACUUAAAGAAUAUUUCUUCGGUAUUCUUUUCGGCAACGAGCACAUGAUGUCGCGAUCGGCGAGCAUUCUGCAUGUUCUGGGCUCUGUAACCGCGCUGUGCUGUGUAGAUAAGAAGGGAAUUCUCUCAUGGCCUAAUCCCACGGCGGAGAAAGUAUUUUUCCUACGUAACGCCAAUAUUUUGUCGCCGAGCUCGAGUACCGGCAGUGUGGACAAGACGACUGACAAGAACCAGGAAUCUGAGGAGACCAAGGUGAACUCCAACAGAACGUCUUACGUACAGCAUGAUAUGUCGCACUCCACCGCCGAGGUCCUGGAUCUUACCCAUGAUCAUGCCCUGCCGUUCCGACUGCAGUUCGACGACCACUCGUGGCGGCAACAUCUGAACUCGUUGAAACCGCUCGGUCUGGCGAUCCUCCUCAACACGUGCAACAUGGACACGCAGGAACAUUACACGCAAUUCUGUUGUCACGUCACUUGCGAGGCUCUCUAUAAUGAGAACUUGGUCCCAGUAACAAAUAGACGAUGUCUGUGCGAACUGGCGAAGCAGAUCGGUUUCCAAGAUCAAGCACAGAAAAUUUUCCAAUUGGAACAGCAACUAUGUACAUUUAGACAUGUACAACCAGAGAUGGUCAGACGGGACAUAAAGUUCGCGCGUUCACUGAGCAUCGCGACAAAGUUAAAAUUCCCGUUUCCUCACAUGGUCGCCGUAGUCGUGAAAGAGCGUAGCGGUGGUGGUCUACAGUUGUUGACGCAAGGAACGGCUGAUAUAAUUCUGGACUCAUGCAUCGAAUACUGGGAUGGCCACGAUCUCUGCCCUCUUUCUGCAUCAGAUAGAAAAAAGGUGCAAGAUUUCUACCAGAGGACGAGCUUAACCUCGUAUUGUACCGCAUUUGCUUAUCGACCAUUGACGCGAGCCAUCAACGACAACAUGUCCGAGAUAUAUCUGGAGCUACCGGCGGAUAGCAAACACUUGUACACACCUCACAGGAGUCCGACUCCUUUACCGUGGGACUUCAGAAACGUUCUCGAUCCCAGAAUACGAGGAAUACUGGGACAGUUUCAUUCGACAGAUUCCUUACUGUGUAACGAAAAUAAAGAUGACGACGUGAACGAUAUUGAAAGCUGCUUCGAGGUGCAAUGCAAUCAGGUUUUCAUCGGAAUGGUUACCAUGCAAUAUCAGGCACAAACCGAUAUGGUACAAUUGAUUGAACAAUUAGAUAGAGCAUGCAUAAGGUUUGUGCACUUCAGCAAGGAGAAUGAACUGCGCUCGCGUGUUUUCUCAGAGAAAAUGGGCUUGGAGAGCGGUUGGAAUUGUCACAUCUCGUUACUCAGCGAGGGAGCCAGGUCCGAGAGUCCAGUGGGUUGGUGGGUGAGCCAGGCAGCAGCCAUGUCCUCACCCACUCCCUCACCCACGGCCCAAUCUCAUCAGCCUAAUUACUCCUGCAUGGACGAGGCCAGCCACUUGCUUAAUCGUGUCUUACCUCGUACCAAUCUGAACAACAGCCGAGCGAUGAGCAUGUCGGCGCCAAGCGCUAUCAACACGGAUUUCUCGACAGUGAAAUUCGACGAUGAAACAACCGAAUGGAAUAACACAGGAACAUCGCAGGUCAAGAGCACAAUGAGCCACAGAGAUAACAAACUGUCGAGCAGAGAGCAGGACACGGUGAGAAGCGAGGACAGCGUUCUGGUGCAGAGCGUCGAUUUGGGAUCAGGCCAGGAGGCUUGGAGAUCCUUGAGCUGCCUCACCGAUAGCACCGAACAAAGUGCGCCGGUUAAUUUUGAUCUAUCGAACAGGGCUAAAUUGCCAAGGGGCAUAGACAAGAUACGUCCGCACAUCGAGUUGAUAGAUAAUGUUCCUUUACUCGUGUCCCUGUUCACCGACUGCAAUACUACAGUAACCCGCGAGAUGUUGCAUAUAAUGCAGGAUUAUGGCGAAGUGGUGUGUGUGCUUGGCUCCUCUGCCAACGCUGAGAAUAUGCCUAUCUUCAUGCAGGCUGACGCAGGAGUGGCAGUGGAGCCCUUGUACCCCCAGGUAUGUCAGAAGGUACCAGUAUUGGUAUCUCCUAAGGAGAGCCAAGGAAUUUCUCCCGUUGAUCUGAGUAGAGCGCUAAACUCUGUUACGUGUUCACUGAGUGUGAAACGUGAGGAUCCUGUAGCAAUUUUUCAUCUCAUUAUGGAGGCUCGUCAUUACAUGAAGAAUCUAUGGAAUUGUAUACAAUUUUGGCUGUGCUGUGUAAUUACGCUCUCAUUUGUACAAAUGCUGUCGGCGUUUCUACUGUUACCGCCGCUGUUCUCCAUCGAUCAAAUACUUUGGCUCUGUUGCUUAAUAAUUCCUGUACUGUCGACAUCCAUGAUCACCACGCCGAUAGACUCGACGAUAAUGCAACGCGCGACUGGAAAAAAUCAAUGCGUGGUCAAUGGAGAGGUCACGCUAUUCGUGUUAUGGUGCUACGGCAGCAAGUUCUUGCCAACGGUGAUCACAGUGAUUCUCUCGCAGUGCAUCUCGUUCCUAACGCUUUGCCCCGUCUACGUACCACAGAACUCCAAGUGCCUGUAUAUAUAUCCGGACCCGCGGGACCAGAUUUGGGGCGGCUGGGGUAGCAAGCCAAUUGUCGUUUUGGUCGUACAACAUUUCGCUCUCACGCUUAUAGUCCUGCAUUUCGUUACGAUAUCUGUUAGCUUUGUGCACAGAGAAUACUCGAUAUGGAAAAAAAAUCCCAUAAGUAAUUGCACCUGGUUUCUUGGUGUAUUUAUUGUAUUGUGUGUGCAAGCGAUGUUCUCUGGUAUAGUGUUCCGCAAGUUUUGGCGAGAAGAGAGCAAGAAGAUCGAAAAUUUCCCGAUACACGUGCCAUUAUUCUUUCUAUUCUCUGUUCCGCUGACGUUCAUAAUUAACGAGUUGAUCAAGUGGCAAGAGAUCAAAGUGAACGUGAGAUAUCAGAAAAGGGCACGUUUGGAAUUUGGCACAAAGCUAGGAAUGAAUUCGCCAUUUUAA